GCCCCGCCCCUGCCCGCCCCAGCCCAGCCCCGGCUGUUCGCGGGCCCUGCAGCGCUGUGUGCGGCUGCUGCGCUGCCUGCUGCAGCCGCCGCCUCGCCCGGCCCGGAGCCACACGUCUUGGGUUGUCAGUUUAAACAAAUGACCUGGCCAGUAAGCUUCAUAGACAACGUACUGAGAUAUUUUGUUUCUUACUGGUAACAUCCAAACAAAUUAAGAGCCCUCCUGCAUGGAUCAGCCUUCUAGUGAUGGUGAAGCUGGAAGAAGGCUACUCUAACCAAACCCAGGAUGAAUCGACUGCCUGGUGAUGCAGAAAAUGCCCAUAGUAGCAGUCUGGGCUCUUGUCCUUCUUUGCGAGAUGUGCAUACUAUCAACCCAACGCAGCUAAUGGCAAGGAUCGAGUCGUACGAUGGCAGAGAGAAGAAAGGCAUAUCUGAUGUCAGAAGGACUUUCUGUUUGUUUGUUACAUUUGACCUCUUGUUCGUAACCUUACUGUGGAUAAUAGAGUUAAACGUAAAUGGGGGCAUUGAGACUACUUUAGAGAAGGAAGUCCUGCAAUAUGACUACUAUUCUUCAUAUUUUGAUAUAUUUCUACUGGCAGUCUUUCGAUUUAAGGUGUUAAUACUUGCAUAUGCAAUGUGCAGACUGCGCCAUUGGUGGGCAAUAGCUUUUACAACAGCAGUGACCAGUGCCUUUUUACUAGCAAAAGUAAUUCUCUCAAAGCUGUUCUCUCAAGGUGCUUUUGGCUAUGUGCUGCCCAUCAUAUCCUUCAUACUUGCCUGGAUAGAAACAUGGUUCCUGGAUUUUAAAGUAUUGCCACAAGAAGCAGAAGAAGAAAACAGGCUGUUGUUGGCCCAAGAUGCCUCUGAACGAGCAGCUCUUCUUCAGCCUGGACUUCUGUCUGAUGGGCAGUUUUAUUCACCACCUGAAUCUGUAGCAGGAUCUGAUGAAGAAUCUGAAGAAAAACAGGAUAGUGAAAAACCAGUUGUAUAGCAAAUAUGAGAUAGCAGGCAAGUGCUGCUUUAGGGAAAAUGCAUCCUGCAUGUAACAUUUUUUCAUUUUAAUUUCAUUCCCUUUGCACACUGGGAAUUGGCCAUUAUGUGAAUAGUUAAUAUGGCAGUUCCCAAACUAGGGGUUGUAUAUCCAACAGGAAGUCAGUUGUUUGUGCUAGCAUUGAGGCUUUCAGCCUGAUGGAAGUUGGCCUGACGACCAGAAACAGCUUGAAAAUUCCACUGGGUUAACAAUUUUGAAACUGUCCUGUUUUUAUUUGUGGUGCUCUCUGCUAGCAAAUACUGUUCAGCAAUUUUUUUUAGGCUAUUCAGGGUCUCGAUUAUGACCUUCCUAUUGGCUCCGAUUAGCCCUGUCUUCUGCCUUGGAGCCAGUUACUUAUGAGGUCAAGGCAUAUUUGUUAAGUGGAUUGUGGUCUAAGAACUGUUUAUGGAGCACAGUGUAAAGGGAAGUGAAUUAGCUCUGUGUGCAAACCUGUUGACCCCCUGGUAUUCCUUCUGCUGCUCACCUGGAAGGUUGGAAAUGAGCACAGAGUUAAAAGAUCUCUUUUGGGGGAAAAAAGGGAGAGAGCCCUAUGACGGGAGGGGUAAGAUAGAAGAUGAGACGUUAGUUGGGUUUAGAAUCUCAAGUGAAGAGUCAAAAGGUUGUGGGGUUUUUUAAUAGAAGAAUAAAGAGGCAAAAUAUUGUUUGGAGAGGGUUUGAUUUUUGCAGUUUGUAAUCUGUGUUUGUCAUUCUGUCUUUAAAAUUCAGUGUAAGUUAUUUCAUUUGUAUAUCAAGGGUCCUUUUUUGUUAAUUGCCUGUUGGAGAAACAGAAUUAUUUCUCUGGUUUUUAGAUUUGUCCUGCCCUGUGCACUGUUUGUACCAAAAAUUAUUCUAACUGGUGAGGAAUUAUUCAAACUGGUGAGGAAUGAAUCUUAGAAGUUUGAGAUUCUUUUCAUAGCUUAUUUCUGCUUAUGUUACUAGUAGUAGCUGUUGCUCUUUUCUUUUGAGUCUGUCCCUCUCUGAUGCCAUCUUGGAUCAAAUUCUCCAUUUGUUCAUCUUGAUUUGUUUAAUCUGUUACAGAGUGAAAAUCUAAAUGAGAAGUUGCCAGGAAUGUGAUUAUGUUGAAACUGUAAUGACUAUGUCUGUAAUUAACUUACUGAUGGAACUGCUAACAAAAGAACUUAUUAAUUAGAAAGCAACGGGAGUGAUUCCCAUGUACUGUUACCUCACAAACUUGUAUCUUGUUCACAUAUGUAUAUUAGGCUGCCUCCUGGCUGAUAUGAAAAAACUACUCAUCCAUAAUGUAUUCAAAUGAUUAUUGAAGUUGAUCUUCUAAUGACUAGAUAGUUAAUGGAAAGUGUUGUGCUUGUGUACCUAAUCAGUAGACCUGUAAUAUAUUGAAGUAAAACUUCUAUAUGAUGAAAAUAUAUUUAAUGAUUGAAUUCACUAGAUGAAAUUAUUUUACUUUGUUCAAAGUUUUGUCACUAAUUUUACAUUUGCUUUUUUAACUCCAUUCAUUUUUCUUUUUUUAAAUGGAUAUAUGCACUGUUUCUAAAAUAAAGCAAAAUAUUAAUAAGACAAUGUCCUGUUCUAAUAUGUUUGCCCCCUUAUUGGAUGAAGGCUAGCUCUUCCCACUUCUUUGGCAACAAAUAGUUAACACUGACUUUUGUUCUUGCAUAGAUUUUAUAGGAAAGAUGUAAAAGUUGGUUUAAUUUUGCCCACUGUGAUACAGUCUAGUGUUAGGUGAGUGUAAUUCCUCGUGUAGCAACCUGUGCUACAGGAGAAUCCUGUUUGUUUAAAUAGAAGGUGUCUGAUAACCCUUUGGUUCAGGUUUGUUUUCAUUGCAGAGGAUAGACAUGACUCAGUUUUGGUAAGGGGGGUUGCAUAAGCUAGGUUUAUUCACAAAUUAUGAGGUUUACAUGGGCAGGAGGGAAUGAAAAAUAAAGUCUAACAUAUUGGAAAGAUUUGUGAUCCCAAGCCCUGCUUUCUGGUGGUCACAUUUAUAAAUCAGUCAUUACAUACUGUUAAUGUUCACAUUCACAAGUAAUAUUUUCAGUCUAGUGCAAAGAACAGAAAACACCUUUUAUUUUCAAUCAUCUCUUUCACUUAAUCUUUUCUAUGCUGUUUGUUUUUAACUUUUUAUAUAAAUCACUGUUAAUGUUGCCUUGCAUCAUUUUCCAGUGUAAAUUCAACACCAUUGAUGAAAAUGUUGGCAUUAAUACCAAAACACUAUGGGUCACAUUCUUUUUAAGUGCAUCUGUUGCAGUUGUUCAUCAGAUAUUACAGUAAGCCAAGAUUUCCAAAAAGAAGUUGAGGAACUGGUGCUAUUCUUCACUAUAAACAUGGCAGUUUUUAUUCUCUUCUUCUGUGUCUUAGCUAGAGAAAUCAAGAAGACUAAACCCAUUCUGUGAUUUUUUUCAGGUGAUCAGCCUGGGUCUUAAUGUGGAAUACCUACCCUUAAGAUCUCUCUAAUGGGUUACCCCAAAAUUGAAAUAACCCUUCACUACUCACUUUAAAUCUUGCCCCGUUUGUUAAUUUUAACAAGUGCACAACAGCCAGCCUCCUAUGACUGUAGAUGGCACUGCUUUACUCUGAAGUGGCCUACGAGGUGGCAGCAGUAGUUUCAAUAGACUUGUGUCACUAGCUAGAAAGAGAAAUUGAAGUGAAAAAAAGCAUCUUUUCCCCCAAUUCUCAACAGUCAGAAUAUUUUUUCAGAAUAUUUUUCAUCCAGUUUGCACAAAGCAUUUCUUUGGGUGGUGGAGUUCUGGGGAUUGUUACUCAUAAUAUGUACUUUGAAAUAAUGUUUUGACAAUAAAAUUUGAAUUUAUUAUGGCUUUCUUGUUUGUUUAUAGUAUAGUAAUACCUAAAAAUGGAUUCAUUGCACCUGGUGCAGUACAAAUACAGAGCAAAAAGACAUUGUGGUCCCAAAGAGUUUCUUUUCUAUGUGAGCAACUCCACUGUGUUUUAAUGGCAAAAAUUAAUCCUAAUGCUGUUUAUCAAUUGUAUCAGAAAAA